AUGGAUGCCAAAUCGCUCUUUGAGCAAUGGGCGGUUGAAGUUGCUACUCUCCUGGCACAAAAAGGUUCAAGAUCAGCAAGUUUGUAUUCGAAGAUUGUGCGGUCACUUCGAAAUUUCCCGAAUCCUAUCAACGAUUAUGAAACUCUCCGUCUGGUACCUGGAGUUGGCGUGAAAACGGUGGAAAUGCUUUGUGCCCGAUUGAAAGUGUGGUGUGAAGAGAACAACGAAAUCUUUCCUGAGUCGUUUAACGUCAUGGCCAAGCCAAAAACCCAAGCCCGUAAACGCUCCGCCGUCGAAGAGACCGAGUCUGGAUCGAAGCCUAAACGCAAAAAGCUCUACAUUCCUGCGCCUCGUAGCGGUGGACACGGAAUCAUGGUAGCCCUUUAUCUAUUAGAUAAACGACAACGUGGGGUUACUCGAGAUGAGAUUAUUCCUGUUGCCAAAAAUUAUUGCAACUCGCUGUUUUCAGCAGGUUCUGGACUGCACUAUCUGGCUUGGAAUAGUAUCAAAACGUUGAUGCGACAUGAGUACAUUGAAAAGAUUGGUCCACGAUAUUGUUUAACUGAUUCGGCGCUCGGUAUUGCUAAGGAGUUGACCGAGAAGGAAAAUGUGGAGGAUUUUGAUGAUAGUGUUGCAUACAGCAGCCCACCUCCACUGCCGCCUUUAGCACCUUGUAGUCCUACAGUGAGUGACACUCGUAACCAGCCGCGGGUACUUGUUGCCAGUGAUGGACGCCAUUAUGGCAAGUACAAGGGUAUAUCAUUCAGAGUGUACGAAAAAGUGGAUCUUGAAGUUGUGGUACUCGUGGAUAAUCGUGAGAUUAGGUCCAGCAAAGACAGAGCUUUUUUUGAGGAAGAACUUUUGCGGGCAGGAGUUAAAUGUGAGCUGCGUACUCUCCCUGUAGGGGAUAUGGUAUGGGUGGCGCGUCACAAGAUUCUGAAGAAAGAGGUGUUGUUGGAUGUCAUUGCUGAAAGGAAGCGAAUUGAUGAUUUGGCUCUGUCCAUUAAGGACGGACGCUAUCAUGAACAAAAAGACAGGCUACGCAAAACUGGAAUGACACACUAUUACUAUUUGGUUGAAGAACUACGGAAUAUGACCGUGACCGAAUCGCUCAUAAAAGCUAUUGCAUCUACGAUGGCGUCUGGAUUCUAUUUAAGACGAUUGCUGAAUACUGAAAAUACGGUAUCCCUCAUCGCUGAUAUUACCAGGCUCGUGACUGAUACUUUACGCUUUUGGGGAUAA